GGCGCAGGAGGGCAAAGGGGCAGCGGCGGAGCGCGCCGGGCCGCCAUGGUGCUGCUGGUGGUGAUGGGCGUCAGCGGCUCAGGGAAGACCACGGUCGGGUCGCGGCUGGCAGAGAAGUUGGGAUGGAAAUUCUACGAUGCAGAUGAUUAUCAUCCUCUAGAGAAUAAGAAGAAAAUGGAAGAAGGGAUACCACUAAAUGAUGAGGAUAGGAUUCCUUGGCUUUGCACAUUGCAUGAUAUACUAAGGAGAGAAGACACAUCUAGACAAGAUACAGUUCUGGCCUGUUCUGCACUCAAGAAGAUGUACAGGCAUGUGUUAAUUAGUGGAGCAUCUGCAAUCAAAAGCAACCAGCCAGAGCAACCAGGAGAAAACCCAGCACUGAAGAUCCUCUUUGUUCAUUUGGAUGGACCUAUGAACAUCAUUGCUGGACGCCUGGAGAAGCGGAGAGGUCAUUUUAUGCCACUUAAACUUCUCAAGUCUCAGUUUGAUACUCUAGAGCCACCUAGUGCACCAGAAAACUUCAUUACUGUCAGUCUAGAAAAAUCUCUCCCAGAAAUAGUAGCAGAGAUUGAGAGCGCCAUUAUUCAGGGUGAGACUUUGCCAGCGUAAUUUUCUGAAUGACACAUAUAGAAAUUCCCUGAAGGAUAGCAAGGCUAUGAGACAGGGUUUUAAUUAUUAAAUUGAUUAUUAAAUCAAACCAGCUUAUUUUGAAGAGCUGGUUUACUGCUUGGUUUUUUUAUCAUGGCUCUGUAAAAGACAUCCAAGAUAUAAUUUGCAAUAACUUUUAACUUUUUAAGCCCUUCACUCUAUGAAGUUAAAAUUCUCAUUUUAGUAAGAGCCUACUUUUGAAAAUCCUUGCAAGGGUCACACAGAAUAAUUUCUUUUCUUAAUUUUAAUAUUUACUCUGUCAGAUACUGAGAUGGGCACAUCUGCUAUUACAAGAUUAAAUAAUUUACAGCUUUGUUAAAAAUAAUAUAAUUUUCCUAGAAGAGGCAGGAACAUGUAUGAUGAAGUUCCAUACAUGACACUACCUCUGUCUCACUGCUGGAUUUUCAUCAAGUUGUAGGUUCUGUGUUUGUAUCCUUGUUUACCUCACUAGAGUACUGAUGACUUCAUGAGAACUUUCCUGAUCUCUUACUGAAUGCAUUGACCACCAAGCUGAAAAGUGUUUGAAAUAAAAGGCAGUGGUGGUGAUGCAAUAUAAAAAAAUUAACUGAAUGGAAAGCUUUAGAAAUAAAGCAUAAGAAAUAUUUAGAAAUAAAGCUUCAGAAAUAAAACAUCACACUGGCUCUGAACUUGGAGCUUUCAUGUACAAAGCAUAUACAUUGCAGCUGAGUGUGAGUCAACUAGUGAUUUAAGGUCGUGAAUGCAAGGUUGAUUGACACUUCCUUCUUUUUGAAAACUUACUCUUUCACAGCUGGACCUUCUUCAUUUCCCAAUGCUGGUGGGCACCUCAGUGCAUGUCAAUGCAAUUGCUUUAAAGCUUUUGAUCAAACUAUUCCUACUACAUAUUUUUCUCAUCUUUUUUGAUGAAGAUGAGAAGAAAAUUCCAAAUACCUAAUCAGUCACCUAGCUACCAGAAUUUAAGAUUGAAGUCCUUUUUUACCACCAAGGUGUUUUUCAAAAAGUACUUCAUGUCAUGUUAGACAAGAUAUGCCUUUUCAGCUUCAUACAAUGAAAUUUUCUAUUUUAAGUUUCUGUAUGAAAGAUUUGAGUCUUGUCCGAAUGGAGACAUCUCCAUGUGCUGUCACACAUGGAUUAUUUUCAGUACGUCAUGCAAUUUUUUUUAUUUCUGGAAUGAUGGAUGAACUCCUGUAGAAGAACACCUUAUGUUUGAAAGCAUCUUUAGUGUAAUUUUUACCUGGGUAAGUACUUGAAAACUAUUAAUCAUGGUUCUCAUUAUGAAUGAAAAUAGUAAAGGCUUUGUGGUGUACUAGACAAACUACUGUGCUUAAAUUAGUGCAAUAAAUAGGCUUUAUGUUACUGAAAGCAGCAAUUUUUAGACACAGAAUUGGAAUUUUAGGCAUUAACCUAUCCAGAAAUGGUGUUUUCCAGUUUAUUUGUGACCUGAAGGGAGAAUACCAGGCAGUUACUAGUUUUAGUCUGUUGCUGUACACUACAGGGUGCUCUCACCCCAGAUCCUGUUUGUUCCAACAGCCAGGGUGCAAGUUUAAGAUAUAGAAGCAAAGUUAAGUGCAAGAGGCAGGGAUAUCUGUAAGCUUCUUAAUACCCUCAAAUUUCAGAGACCUCUUCAGACCAAGUGACUGGUCAGACCUGUACAAAUUUUGUAGCUAUGAAAAUCACAGACACAGCACCCUCUUGUGGCAUCUAUGCUGUUGAUGAGGUCUUCAUCUUUUUCAAUACACCAUUUUACAAACACUUGACUAAUGUACCCGUUAUUAAAUACAGAUUUAUGCUUCCUUCUUUCACACACAAUAAAGCCAGACCAUAACGCUCUACAGCAGCAGCAUCCUGUCACACACAGAUAUGAUCAGACCUUUAAAUAAUUUUUUUUUUUAAAAAGGGACGUUUUUGAGUUCUGAGAAGGCCAGACUGAUUUUCAGAUCUACUUGUCCACAUUUAUAGAACACUCACAAAGUGGCUUCACUGACAAAAUUGUACUCAACAGUAAAAAAAAAAUCUCAUUAAGAGAGUUUUAUAUAAGAAGCUUGGAUUUUGGAAGGCUUCUAAACAAAGUAGUAUGUUCAUACUUACAGGCAGUUCAUGCUUCAGAUUAGGUCAGGGUAUUUCUCAGUCUUUGUUUUUAUGUUGGGAAUCUUUCCUUCCCUUACCCUUUUAAUAUAUUUGCAUCUUGCUUUUACUUAAAAGAUACUGCAGAGAAGGUUGUCAAUCUAAUUGGUUGUCUGUUACCUGCUAUUCUGAAAGACAAUGAAGCAUUACUUCUGUUAAUUUAUAUUCUGUUCAUUACAAAUUAUUAGAUUAAGAUGUGAAUUGUCCCAAUAUUAACCACAUAAAACUACUCUCAGAUUUUAAUCAAGCUGUGCACAUGUGCAGUGGAAGAAAAAGGUAGCAGAACAAUCCUUGCCCAAAGACAAUCCUACAGCAUUUCAUUUACUUGAUUUAGGUUUCAUUUGUGGUUUGUUUUUGUUGUUUUGUUUGAGAGUUUUGUUGUUGCUGUUUUUAAACUAACACCACUAUUCUAGGCAUGUCAUAUUCAGGUUAGUUGGGCAGGCUAUUAAUAUUAUCUGGAUGCAAGUAUUUUGAUAUGUAUUUAGCAAAUGCAUCAAAAACUGAGGAGGAAACACCUGGAGUUCGAAAUUGCUUACUCUGUCUCUAAGCACAAAUUAUCUAUGCAAGGUACAUGCACUUUACAUCCUCAACGAAUUUAUGCUAUGCACAGUUAGUAACAUGAUGUGUAAAUAAUGCACCUACUACAGCAUAAACGUUUUUCAGUGCUAAAAUGAGGAAAUAAAAACUAAAUGCUAUCUAUCCCAAACUGCACAAGUUCCUCUGCACAGGAAAGGAACAGACUAG